ACAAGUUCAAUUCAGCGGGAGGAUGGGAUCUUGUGUAAUCUCGGAGGGUUGGCGAGUAUAUUUAAGAGAGUCCAGUCGUCUACUUGUCGUUGUACCGGUCACAUCUCGUCGAUUAGCUAAUCGAUAGUGUUUCUUAAAUUGUGUACAAUGAGCAUUAUCAUAUUUUUACUGGUGACUGUACUCUCAGGUCAAUAUGUAGUACAAGCAUCCGAUUGGAGUUACUGGGGGGAGACCGGUCCGAAUUAUUGGCCAGGGGUGUGUAAAAAAGGAACCAACCAAUCUCCAAUCAACAUCGUAACGGAUGAUGCAGUCAAAACAGACUUAGCGCCCCUUAAAUUUAUUCGUUAUGACUUUGCCUUCUCUGCCAACAUCAUCAAUAACGGCCAUACCGUACAAAUUACCUUGAACGGAGUACCGAUUCAUUUAAAAGGAGGAGGAUUACCGUCCACGUACGUUUUGGAGCAGAUGCAUUUUCAUUGGGGAGCCGAACACACCAUAGAUGGCACGCGCGAUGCGCUGGAAUUACAUUUCGUACAUUACGAUAAACAGUAUGACAAUAUGACAGUGGCCUCGGAAUACGAGAACGGCAUAGCAGUCGUAGCUGUGUUGUUCGAGCUAAGCGAAGAAGACAACGAAAAUCUUGAAUCCAUUCUAAACGCCACUGAGUCAGUGUCAACAUGGGUAGGGGGCAGCACAGCCAAGAUUCCGACAAAGAUAAUUCCAUACCUACUUUUGCCAGCGGAUCACACAACUUUUUACAGAUACCAAGGAUCCUUAACGACCCCGGAAUGCAAGGAGGGUGUGAUUUGGACAGUCAUGACGGAGAAAUUGAAGAUUUCUCAGUCACAGUUGACGAGUUUCAUGAGAGUAGAAUCGAACUCUGGCUUAUUAUUUUACAACUACAGGCCGCUUCAAGAAUUAGGAUCUCGGACAGUCUAUCAUCAUUUGGAAGGUUAUUCAGCUGCAUCGUCAUCUGUACUGCGAUCUAGUCUUCUCUUCACGUUGCUUAACCUUCCUCUGAUUAGUCAUAGUUACAGUUCAUCGUAAGUAAUAUUACUUUAGACAUAGGAACUGUGAUCUAUAGGGAAUUUGAUUAAUCCAAAUUGAAUUUGAAUUUUUCCAAAGCUUCUAUACAGUAUUAUGUACCAGUGCCAUUUUCAAAUCAGUUCUAUCGAUAACGCGUGUACAUAGUUAUCGAAUAAAGAACUUAUUUGACUACUCGGCGGAGCGAUAACAAUCUAUCGUAAUAUCUGCCAACUAUUUACUAUUGCGUGGAUCGAAAUUAGCUAUCGGGUAAACGUAUCGUUAUUAUUAAUCAGAUGUUCCUUAUCUAUUUGAAGUUGCUUAAAUGAUUUGUUCGAUCUACUGAUUUUCUAUUUAAUCAUUUAACACGCGUUCCAAUUGGUAUUGAAAUUCCGCUCUGAAUCGUGAGCAUCUAGCAAUUAAUUGUCUGCAGUCGUUAGUCGUCUUAAUCAAAAUGAUUAAGGGAAUCUGUCGCGGAUCGGUAUCCGCACGUGGUCGAUUUCAACGCGAUUUAAUUUCUUUGAUAUUAUUUGUCAAGUGCGAAUUAAAUUACACACACUUUCGGUGCACAUAUAUAUUACAAUACAUAUAUCCUAAUACGAUAAUUACGUAAAUAGAUCGGAUAGUUUGCGACUAUUGUGGAAAAUUGACUAUGCCUGUUAUCGUGUAAUCUUAAGGUAUCAAAAAAAUUAAGAAGAACGACAACAUUUUCAUAACGCAUCGUCCACAAAGGUUAAUAUUGAUUCUUUGACGUGCCAAUAAAUUUGGGUUCGUAAAGCCAUAAAAAUAGUGCCAAGAUAAGGCUACUGGCAUGAUUUAUAGUGCUUAUAAAUAAAGUCUGACACGGAAUAGAUUCUGCGAAAGCGCUUUAAUUACAGAAUCUAAGAAUUAUAUAUGUUAAUUAAAAUAUAAAUAACGAUACGCCUAGAAGUACUGUUAAGUAUAAAAAUCGUAUGAUAUUCGUGUAACUCGAAUUUUGGCGUUUUUAUUAAAAAAAAAAAAACAAAGAAGCGAACUACAAUUUUUGUUAAGGCUUCUUCGUACGAUGGAACAA